AGGAUGUCUUCCAAGCGACCAGCCUCUCCAUAUGGGGGAACAGAUGGAGAGGUAGUCAUGGCGACGAGCAGACAGCGAUUGGAGGAUGAAGAGGUUGACGGACAUGCUGUCAUUCACUUGCCCCUGAGUUCGUACUGCAGCAAAGUGUCCCCGCGAUCUCCGCGACUGCUCGACAGCCCCCCAACACUACACGCGAACAUGGAUCAGGAUGGCAGUAAAGGCCUGGCCCUGAGCCCCUACCCCCAGCACAACUCUUCUACCUCACCCAGUAAGCAGCAGCAGCAGCAGCAGGAGGAGGGGUCCAUGCGGCCGGGGAGCGAACCCAGCUCCGCUUCAGCUCUGGGCACCCCGGAGAGACGCAAGGGCAGCCUGGCCGACGUGGUCGACACGCUCAAACAGCGCAAGAUGGAGGAACUCAUCAAGAACGAGCCAGAGGAGGCCCCCAGUAUUGAGAGGCUGUUGUCUAAGGACUGGAAGGACAAGCUAUUGGCCAUGGGUUCUGGUAACUUUGGAGAGAUCAAAGGAACCCCAGAGAGUCUGGCAGAGAAGGAGCUUCAGUUGUUGUUGAUGAUCAACCAGCUCUCUGGUCUGCGAGAGCAGCUGCUAGGAGCUCAUUCUGAGCAGAGGAACAUGGCCGCUCUGCUGCUGGAGAAACAGCAGCAACAGAUGGAACUGGCAAGGCAGCAGCAAGAACAGAUCGCCAAACAGCAGCAGCAGUUGAUACAGCAGCAACAUAAAAUAAACUUACUGCAGCAGCAAAUUCAGCAGGUAAACAUGCCAUAUGUUAUGAUCCCUGCCUUUCAUCCCAAUGCCCAGCCGUUGCCAGUCACCUCUGAAGCCCAAAUGGGUUUGCCUCUGCAGCCCAUUCCCUGCAAACCAGUGGAGUAUCCCAUGCCGUUGCUGCCCAAUCCACACUCCACACCAGUCAAGAGGUCCAGUGGUACAGUCUUUCGCCAGGAUACCAGUCAACCUCUGAACCUCACGGCUAAACCCAAGACCCCAAGUCCGCAGGCACUGGAAAUGGCCCACUUGCAGACCGGGUACCGACCCAGAGAUCUGCCACAUAGCCCUCCUCGAACUGCCCUCAGCCUGAGCUUCUUGGGAGAGGGUGAUGUUGUGACACAAGCCAUUCAUGAUGCCCAGCAGCUGUUGCGUGGAGGACAAGGCCCGACGGGCCGAGAGAGGGACCGUGAGAGGGACAACAACACAAGGCUGAUCGUUUUUAAGGAGGCGUCUCGAGACCGGAUGGAUGACGGACAGUCCCUUCGGGUGAAUGAGGACCACCUCAGUAGUGACUCCGAGGGGCAGAUGGCAAUCUCUGGUGUGGGAAGCUUUGGUGAAUCCCGGACUCCCUCCUCUGGCCACAUCAAACGUCCCAUGAACGCCUUCAUGGUGUGGGCCAAAGACGAAAGACGACGCAUCCUUCAGGCGUUCCCUGAUAUGCACAACUCCAGUAUCAGCAAGAUCCUCGGGUCUCGGUGGAAGUCCAUGUCCAAUCAGGAGAAGCAGCCCUACUACGAAGAGCAGGCAAGACUGAGUCGGCAGCAUCUGGAACGUUACCCAGACUACAAAUACAAACCCCGGCCGAAGAGGACCUGCAUUGUGGAGGGUAGACGACUGCGGGUCGGAGAGUACAAGGCCAUGAUGAAGAGUCGACGACAGGAGCAAAGAGUUACUUAUCCUCAGAGCCAUUCAGAGCAGCAGCUACCGUACCCCUCCAGUGAAGGACAGUACCCGACCACGCCGGUGUCCAUGGCCCCACUGCCCUUGCACCCUGCCCUCCUGGAGCACUACCUUCCUCGGGGUCUGGAGCCUCCAAAAGGCCAAGGCAGCGAGAUGCUUGAGGCCGCGCGGCCCCGACAGCCCUACAGCGAAGGGGAGGAGAGUGACGCGGGUGAGCGCAGUGAGGGAGAGCUGGUUGUCCUCACUGACUGAGACAGAACCGGGGAAUAAUCGGAGGACAGAGGGUGCAAAAUGCGAUGAAUGAGACGGACAGUAUAACUGGGAGACUUUACAAUCCCUACCUACAACAUGAUGGUGUCCAAUAAAUGGUAUAGGUCAGUGUUUUUUUUUUUCUGUCCAGUUGUGAGGAUGUCCUGGUUUCAGACACGCCAGAUCAGUCACGUGCUUCUCUAGGGUUGGUUAGGAAGGCAGCAGACGUGAUAAGCGGAGCACAUAUCUUAAUUUUUCAGAUUUUUCCAGCGGUUUAGGCCAGACACCCAGAACAGGUCUCGCAUAGUGACCUCCGCUUGGAAAAAGCAAGCCUCUUUCAAUCUAUGAUAUUCAAUGAGACUGUAAAUAUCAAGUCUUUCGAAGGCAUUGUGAAGCCGGCGUUCAAAAAUUGUUUUAAAAACCAUCAAAUGUCACUGCGUUUAUUAUGAAGUAAAUGUUAUCUGCGAAGUGCAUCGGCAACUGCAGAUAAGCGUAUUCACUGUUGGCUUAUCUGAAAAAGUUCCACAUUUGACACCGUGUCAAAUGAUUGGCAAUAAUAGCAUUAAACGGUUCACACAGACGAAAAGAGUAUGGCGAGUAAACUGAAAAGAAAACAAUGAGCUAUUUCUUUAAAUAGCGUGAAGAUGCUAUGAAUCAUUUUGCCAUAGAAAAUGAAAAGGUUAAAGAAGAGAAAAAAAACUAAACCCUCUCCGUGUUAGAACGCUUCUUGAUGUCACCAGGGUUUUCCUGCAAAAGUUCCUGUUAAGACUGUGCCAAGGUACUUUCCAGAGCUCAAGGGCUGAGCAAAAAAAGAAAAAGAAAACAAGUGGACUUGGAAAAAGGAAGGAACAUUCCUGAACUCCUUGUCCAGUUUAUUAUACCAGAUAAUGACGAUUAGUGGCUGUUCUGUUACAGAGAUUUAAGCAGCCUGCCCCUUUAAGACUCGCUAAAGGCAGCGAAGGUCGGUGGCGUCCUCUGCUGUUCGAAUCUGGGUACUGCACUUAAGAGAUUUCCCCAGGUCAAAAUCAUAUUUUUAUUUCUUUUGAUUUAGUGCAGAAUAAUCACUUGAAAUGCACUUUCCCCAUCUAAUAUAUAUUUUCAGAUCCUCAUGAUUCAUAAAACUUUUUUUUUUCCACAGUAGAAUUUUGCACUUGAUGUACAUACGCAAAUAAUUUCUACAAUAUUCAUUUUGUGAAAGGAGAUGUGAAUAAUACCCUUGCCUCAGAUUACUCCCAUUUUUAAAAAAUUUGGUUUACUUUUAUAUUUUAGUGUGUGCGCGCGUGUGUGUGUGUAUAGAGUGAUUUUUUUUUUUUGUGCUGAAGAAAAUAACUGAGUUAUCAUUCCAGCAGUUCUUAUGACCGGGUCCAUAUUAUUGGGCUGCUAGUCAAUUUACAGUUGAGCUGAAAUGUAAACAUUUUGUUUAAAAAAAAAAAAAAAUUAUAAACAUUUAUAUUUUAAAGAGGAGCUUUUAGGAGAUAUUUGCAAGUGGACUGUUAGGAUAAACCUAACAUUUUAAAGAAAAUUAUGACUUGUAUAUAGCUGGACACAGAAAUACAGUUUGUAUUUUUAUCUGUAGAAUAAACCCAUGCGGGCAAAAAAAAAAAAAAAAA